GAGGGAAAGCCUGCCCCGCCCCACGGGGCGCCUCCCAGCCCCGCUCAGGUCUAUGGAGGAAAAACUCUGCUCGGGCCCCACGAUUCCCAUGGCCGUGGCAGCCUGCGGCACCAAGGCCAUGUCCCUGUUCAAGCGGACCUUUGUGCUGAGUCCGGCCGCGGCACCCCGGGGCACAGGCGCGGGCGCCGGCUCCCCGCCGCGGGGCUGCCCCUUGUCUUCCGCCGCCUGGCCCUCCAAGGACUGGCCGCGGGGGGAGGGCGUCUGCGGCUGGCUGCGCACCCCGCCGGCAGCCUGCCGCCGGCCGCAGUCCCACUCCUGCUCCUCUGCAUCUCCCACUUCAGUGUGUCUUCUCUGUCCCCAGGACUCGCUGAGCAGCAGCUUGAAAACUUGCUACAAGUAUCUCAAUCAGACCAGUCGCAGUUUUGCAGCUGUCAUUGAGGCGCUGGAUGGGGAAAUGCGCCAUGCGGUAUGCAUAUUUUAUCUGGUCCUCCGAGCCCUGGACACUCUGGAAGAUGACAUGACCAUCAGUAUAGAAAAAAAGGUUCCACUGCUACACAAUUUUCACUCUUACCUUUAUGAACCAGACUGGCGGUAUAUGGAGAGCAAGGAGAAGGAUCGACAAGUGCUAGAGGACUUCCCAACGAUCUCCCUCGAGUUUAGAAAUUUGGCUGAGAAAUAUCAAACAGUGAUUGUUGACAUUUGCCAGAAAAUGGGAUUUGGGAUGGCGGAGUUUUUGGAUAAACACGUAACCUCUGAACAAGAGUGGGACAAGUACUGUCACUAUGUCGCCGGGCUGGUGGGAAUUGGCCUUUCCCGUCUGUUCUCAGCCUCAGAGUUAGAAGACCCCUUAGUUGGUGAAGACACAGAAUGUGCCAAUUCUAUGGGCCUGUUUCUGCAGAAAACAAACAUCAUUCGUGAUUAUCUGGAAGACCAUCGAGAAGGAAGAGAGUUUUGGCCUCAAGAGGUUUGGGGCAAGUAUGUUAAGAAGUUGGGCGAUUUUGCUAAGCCACAGAACAUUGACUCAGCUGUGCAGUGCCUGAACGAACUUAUAACCAACGCACUUCACCACAUCCCAGAUGUCAUCACUUAUCUUUCAAGACUUAGAAACCAAAGUGUGUUUAACUUCUGUGCUAUUCCACAGGUGAUGGCCAUUGCCACUCUGGCUGCCUGUUACAACAAUCAGCAGGUGUUCAAAGGUGUAGUGAAGAUCCGAAAAGGGCAGGCAGUAACUCUAAUGAUGGACGCCACCAAUAUGCCAGCGGUCAAGGCUAUAAUCUACCAGUACAUGGAAGAGAUUUAUCAUAGAAUCCCCAGCUCAGACCCAUCUUCUGGUAAAACCAGGCAGAUCAUCUCCACCAUCAGGACCCAGAAUCUUCCUAAUUGUCAGCUGAUCUCCCGAAGUCACUACUCCCCUCUUUACCUGUCAUUUGUCAUGCUGUUGGCUGCCCUGAGCUGGCAGUACCUGAGCACGCUGUCCCAGGUCACAGAAGACUAUGUGCAGACUGGAGAACACUGAUUGGGUCUUAGUCUGGAAGCUCAAGUUCACCAUGAAAUGGAUUGGCCUUUUCUUCAAGGAGAAGGAUAUUGGUACCCCUUGUCCUCCCCCUUUUCCCUCCUGCUUCAAUCCCUGAAAGAACUCUGUGGACUUGGGACUUUUAGGAACUGUGACGUACAGUCAAGAAGCUAAGAAUAAAAGGGAAGGCUACCUCACCCUCAGCAAGCAGGCCCUUGUGCACGGUGCUCCCCUCUACGCACCGUGGCCGGCAGCAGAGGGCCCCUCACUGCAGGUCAGGGGACAUGGUGGCCUAUGGGGCUGCUGAGAGAUCUUACUUAGUGUGAAUCCUAGCUAGAAUUAUAAUUAAAUGUAUUUAAUUUGAAGCAACCUUGGAAUAUAUGUCCUUGUACAAAGUGAAGUGAUUUUUCUUGGUUGGGUUCCCAUUUUUCUCAUUUUGUUUCCUUCAGUUGAUUUGAAUGUAGUAGACAUCCAUCUUUGUGGGUCUAGGCAAUGGCCCCAGGUUUCCUAAGAAUGCAGACUGUCUUCUGCUCAUGAAGGCUAAGGACUGACUGCUGGGGGUUCUGGAAUCGCUUCCUGGUUUAAAAGGAGGUUAGCUUUCAGAAAGAAACUGCAGGAUUGCUUUGGGCACCAUCGUAGAAGACUGGCCUCCAGUUAAGGCUGACUUUUUAAGUAGACAUCAUAUCUCAAGAUGUGUUUGUAAUAAACAACUGAAUUACUUUGCA